GUUCCAGUUUUGGGAAUGACAGAUUCAGGCUUGGAUCAACAAAAAGCUGAUCUCUUUGUGGAGAAUUUCUUUGAGAAAAAAUCAAUUACAGAAAUUGUGACCCCGAUUAACAAUGAAUUUGAUGAAGUUGUUCCAAGUUCAAACCCAAACUCUCAAACUGAAGAAGAAACCAACUUAUAUACUUGUGAAGACUACAUUGAAAUCUUCUCACCUAUUAACCCUUUAGUAAUAUAUCCAGCACUUCAAGCAGAGAGCCAAGAUUUGUCUACUAAUGAAGAGAUCAUUUCUGUAGAUAAUUUAAUGACCUAUGAUAGUCAGCUGACAACUUCAGACACUCUACUGAGUGGUCAGAAAUUAUGUUUGGCUGAAAAGCCCCAUAUAGACUUCAAAGGACAAAGCACAGAAGCAGAUUAUUCCAGUGAAUGUUUCUCUUUUCAAGAAGAUUUGGAAAGCUUUAUGAAGGACGAUUUUUUCAUGGAUGAAGAAAACUUUGGUCAAGAAUGUCUAGAAAACAUAGUAUGUUCUUUCCUUCACUUUCCUUCACCAUCAGUAUUGCCUGAGAAUAAAACCUUAGUAUCUUCAAGUCUCAGUCAAGAAGCUGAUAUGUCAGCCUUCUCAGAAGUGAAGGAAUCAUUAAACUUCAUGCCAGAAGGAGUAAAUUAUGUAGAUAAAAAUAAAAAGCUUUCCCAAAAAGAUCUUACUAUCCAGCAAAACAUUGGAACUGAAAACAUAAAAUGCAGCUCUACAGAAAUUUUGGGCACUCAAAGCCAGAGUGAACCAAAGAACAGAGAACCAGCAAUGUUAGAAAUGCCAUUAAUUCCUCUGAAUUUAACAAACCAACAUUCUUCGGUGAAUUUGUUAUGUCCAGGACUUCAGAAAUUUUUAUUUUCUCCUGUUGGCAAAAUUAGUUUGCUUACUGCUGAAGAAUCAGUUAACAAAUACUUGAAGGUAUGGCAAUUACAAAGUUGCAGAAGUUCUUUGAAGUCACUUUUGCUUACAGUGCCAAAAACUGAAGAGCCCAUCAACCAGCAUCCAGCUAUAAACCUGAAAAAGCUAUUUUCUACUGAAGAAAAAGGUGUCGUGGUUAGUCCUAUAAAUACAGAGAGAUGGAAACAAACAGGACUAAACCUGAUAGUGACAGAAGAUUUGGAACAUCAGAAUAUAUAUUUGUGUCCUGAUGAUCUAUCUUCUGAUGAUAAUAAAAUGAAGAUUAACUUGCCUAGUAAAGAACUCCAAUUAGAAUCAUGGCAAGAACAUAAAGGUUGCCCCUCAUCUAUUGUACUUAUUGAUGAGAAAUCUACAAAUGAUCAUUUAUCUCUUCCACAAAAAAGUUUAUCUUUGGUAGAAGAAGUACCAGAUCUAUGUUUUUCUGAUGAUGAUAUCUCUGUUAAGACACCAACAAAAGAAGAGAAAGCAAAAAAUGAUGUGGAACUAUCUUAUAGAAUAAUUGAAAAUGAAAAAAAUAAAGAUUGCAAGGAACUUUGCCACACAGUACCAUCAUCUCUUGAGUCACAUUCUUCUCCAAUAAUUGAAAAAACAUCUUUUAAGAAUGGCAAAAGUUGUGGGAAUAAUUUGGACCUUUUGAGCGACUUUAUUAUGCUUCGAAAAAAAUAUAAUACUUGCAUCUCAACUGAUCACAGUGAUGGAGUCUUAGACAAUGAUAAAAAAGAUGGUAAAGAGUGUUCUUGGAUGCUUCAAGAAGAAGGUAUGAAUAAAACCCUAGAAAAAGUCAAUCAGGAGAAAAUGGAAGACAAUGUCACUGAAGAUAAUGUCACUGAAGAUAAUGUCAUUGAAAUUCAAGCAUCAGAGAGCCAGUGCCAGGCAUACUGUCUCCUAGAAGCCACAGCUACUCCCAUUUUAAAAGAACUUGUACGUCUCUCUACUCACCAGGCUGUUAGUUGGAAAUUUGCCACUGUAAUUUUUGAUCAAACAAGGUUCCUCUUAAAGGAACAAGAAAAAUUAGUAAGUGAUACUAUUCCUCAAGGUACAAGUAAUGAAAGAGAGACAAUAUACAAGUAUGCUUCUCUCUUACACCUUCUGGUAACAAUUAGAGAUGUACUUUUGACAUGUAACUUGGACACAGCUUUAGGAUAUUUGUCAAAUGCGAAAGAUAUCUACCAAAGAAUUUUAGGCUCUUACUUAGACAAUGUUUGGAGACAACUGACAAUUAUACAGUUUAUUAAGGGGAAAAAUCCUGAAACCAAUUAUAAGAUACAAGAAUUGCAAUGUCAGAUACUGAGUUGGAUGCAAAAUAAAGAGCAAAUUAAGGUAUUAAUUAUAUUAAGGAUGGAAUCAGAUGGUGAAAAAGAUUUACUCAUUAAAAUCCUUAAGAAAAUGGAAGGUUUCAAAUUGACUGUCUUACAUCCGAAUGAAAGGAAAAAAAAUUUGGCAUCCAGAGAUGUUUUAAAUGGUACAAGUUCCUGUGUAGUUGUACAUAAUCAAUACAUUGGAGCAGAUUUCCCCUGGAGUAAUUUCUCAUUUGUGGUGGAAUACAAUUAUGUAGAAAAUUCUUGUUGGACCAACCAUUGCAAAAAACUGAAUAUUCCUUACAUGGCUUUUAAAGUAUCUCUUCCAGACACUGUUUUAAAGAGAAGCACCUUGUUGGAUAGAUUUGGUGGUUUCCUUUUAGAAAUUCAGAUUCCUUAUGUGUUUUAUGCCUCUGAGGGAAUUCUUAACAAUCCAGAAAUACUUCAGUUGUUAGAAUCCAGUUAUAAUAUCACCCUAGUGGAAAGAUGCUGCAGUGAGUCACUAAAGCUUUUUGGAGACACAGAACAUUAUGUAGUAAUGACAAUUAAUGAACAUACUGCCAUAGUUUUGCAGGACCUCGAGGAAUUAAAUUCUGAGAAGGCAUCAGACAAUAUUGUUAUGAGAUUAAUGGCAUUGUCAUUCCAAUACAACUAUUGUUGGAUAAUUUUAUAUUCCAAAGACACAAUUAACUCAGAGUACCAUCUUACAGAGAAGACCCAUCAGCACCUAGCACAGAUUUAUGCAGCUUUGGUUUCCUGUGGGCUAAAAUCAGAACUGGAUGUAAAGCUUAUAAUUUCCCCAGGAGUAGAAGAGACUGCACUAUUAAUUCGACAAAUAGCUGACCAUAAUUUGAUGACCUCAAAAAGAAAUCCAUAUGACUAUCUGGAUAAAUCCUGGUUUGAAGUUUCACCAUCUAAGGAAGAAAUGUAUUUACUUGAUUUUCCAUGUAUUAAUCCGUUGGUGGCACAGCUCAUGUUAAAUAAAGGACCCUCACUACACUGGAUAUUAUUAGCAACUCUUCCUCAACUUCAGGAACUCUUACCUGAAGUUCCAGAAAAAGUGUUAAAGCAGUUUUGUGACAUCACUUCCUUAUUCAGGAUCAGUUCUUCUCCCAUAAAAGAAUCACCUCAAAUUUCAUCACCUCCAAAAAACAAUAAUCAGGCCUUUGCUUCUCAGAGUUCAGCAACUGGUUCCACAGACUGUAUCAUUCAAGAACAUAAUGAAUAUUAUCAAUAUAUAGACUUAGAAGAGACAGUACAGAAAGACACAAAUAUGACUUCAAAUUAUGACACUUCUUUUAUGGAAUUAAGAAAAAUAUGCCUUUCACCACCUGCGACUUCUUAUAAUCAGACAAGCUAUUGGAAAAACUCCAGUUAUAAUUCUAACAUAAUGCAGAACAAUUCUUUUCUGGCUAACAGAGAAUCAAGAAACAUGGCUAAGAACUCAUUUUUAUAUCAGAAUAAUUCAGAAUCAGAUAUAUUUUCUUUGGGUCUGAAACAAUCAAAUAGUGCACCCACAUCACCAGCUGACACUCAGGAGAUACUUGUCCCUGGAUGUAUAAAUGACCAGAGAAGGCGGCUACCCAAAGCAAAAGAAUCUAUAAAUAAAGAAGCGUCUACUGCAACUCCAGGGUGCUCUCAUUGGAACAUCAAAAACAAGGUUCAGGAACAACAUUACUCAUUCAGUUUACCAGAUAGGACAGAGCAGACUACAUGGAACAACAGGUUCUCCCAGGAAGACCAUUUAUUCACUGAUCAGCAAAAAUGUCUAUUGGAUGAAUCAGGAAGUUUCAUAUAUGAAAGUUCAAAUUCUGGGACUGAGAAGACUGUCUGUAAAGAAUUGCCAUUUGCUCCCAGUAUGGAUUUAUUUUGUGCUUCUGAUUCUCAUGUAAAUCAAAAAGAAUUCAACAAUUUUUAUUUUAACCAAAGUGCUGAAAAAUGUUUAGGACAGAAAAGGCACUCUGAAUUUUCAUCUACCUCAAGGGAAAAUGAACCAUUAACAGGUGGCAUGUGCUCACAAUUACCACAGUUUAAAAAACGACGUCUAGUAUAUGAAAAAGUCCCUGGCAGAGUUGAUGGACAAACUCGUCUAAAAUUUUUUUGAAAGAGAAAAAGGUGCGAAAUACUUUUAAUAAUAAUGACUUAUGUUUGUUGAUACA